UUCGUGUUCUUCUUAAAUCCUGCAAUUUUCGCGGUCUCGUUUCUCCUCGAAAGCUUUUACUCGUUGUCCCCUCUCUCCUCAGAUUCUCCGUUGAAACGAAAGAGCUAGUUCUAUUAAUCGAAACAAUGGAGCCUCCGAAAUCAGAUAUUUUAUGUGAUCGUUUAGUGACUGGGAACUCAGAAAUUGAUAACUGGAUUUGGAUCAUCGAGUACUUUGCCAAAUUCAAAUCCGAGCUUUGGAUGUUGCAUGAUGUGUUUGAAAUGGGUCCUAAGCUUCCAGAUAAUUUGGGUGAACACACCAAUGAGAUGGUAGCUUUCAGAUGCUUGGCUUCUUUGUUUGAUUCUUCUACUCCUGAACAAAGUAAAGAUGAUGCUGACUCAAAGGUCGAGUUUGAUUUGUCUCAGAGCUGUGAAUAUGUUCUUCAAUGUAUCUUGGAUGAGAUACCUUUAUCGGAACUGAAACCAGGUGCACCAGGACUAUCCAAGUGGAAUCUUCUUCCCUUUAUCAAAAGCAAGCUUCUUUGUCUACCUAAAUGCACUUUGGAACUGAUGCUUGAACCAUCAUCCUGUGAGAAGGAUACUGAAGUAUCGCCUUGUAAUGAGGAAGAGACUCUGAGAAAUGGUAGAAAGAGACUGAACGAGUUACUCCUCCAAUGGCUGAACCAAAUCUUAUGGGGAAAACAAAAGGCGGACAAUCGUUUUGUCGAGACCUUGGAGAUGGGACUGACGAGAUUAGUAGAUCCGAUGUGUUGCACGAAAGAAGAAACGAGGAAUUUCAAAACGAAAGCGAUGGUCAUUUGUCAAGUCCUGCUGAGAAAAUAUACAGAUGCAUACAAUGCAAAGAAAGUGGGAUGCUGUGGUUUUGUUCUAAAGAUGGCUGCCAAGUUAUGGCUGCGAAGUUAG